AUAGCCUAAAGUCUUCGUCUUGACACAAUUGGUAAAAGAAGUCUCUAAGUAUUCUUUUAAUUUUUCUUUUUUAAAUUUUUCUUGCUAAAAUAAAAAGAAAAGAAUUUUAGUGUUAUAAAAAAAUUACAAACCCGAAGACAAGAACGAUUUUAUCGAGAACUGCAACGACGACGAUUUCUCUCAGUUUUUAAAAAAACAAAAAGAAAAAGAAAAAUUUAAAUAAAAACUUUUAUUGAAGAAAUUAAUUAAAAAUAAACAUACGAAUUUUUAAAAUAAACAUUGAAAUUAUAUACAUACAAAUAUACAAAACAAGUAAAAGAACAAGUUAUUAAAAUAUACAAUUAAAAAUUAAAAGCAAAAUAUAUAUAUAAGAAAAAUAAGAAUUAAAAAAAAACAAGAAAAGUUUUUGACUAACAAAAAUCAGUUAAAAGGUCAUAAAAAGCGUUAAAGCAAAAAAAAAGCAAGAAAAACAAACCAAAAAGCAAAGAAAUAGAAAAAGAAAAGUAAAACAGAAAAAAAAAACCAGUGAAUUUUUUAAUUUAAAUUUUUUUUUUGGUCAAAAGUGUGAUAAACUUUCUGUGAUGGGGGAUGAAAUCAAUCCCACUAAUGAUGGUAGCAAGAAAGAAGCAGCAGCAGCUGAUAAUGGAGCAACAACUCCAUCGGCAGCAGCAGCAGCCGAAGCAGGAGCAGUGAAUGGAAAUGGUGGUGCAGUUGUAAAUGGUGUUGGUGCACCAUCUGCUUCAUCAGCUGAAGAAAUGGUAGCAUCUUCAGCAGCUACUAAUAACAAUGAUGAUGAUGGUAUGAAAAGUGAUGAGAAAAACUCUAAAAAUGAUAAUGGUAAUGGUGAUGGUAAUGGUGGCGGCGGCAACGGCAAUGGUGACGACGGAAAACAUGGUGAUGAAAAUGGUAUUGUAACAUCUGGUAAUAAUACCAUUAAUGAAACUAACGGUGCUAAUAAUGAUGCUAAUAUUGAUGCAGCUGAAGAAGCUAAUGAAGGCGGCGAACAAAACGGUAAUGGUGGCGGUAACGGUAAUGGUGGUGAUGGCGACGGUAAUAUUAAUAAUGAUGUUGGUAAUGAUGGUAAUCAAGAAAAUACCGAUGAUGGUGAUGCAAUUGAUGAUGAUCCUGCUUGUCCAGCUGAUGGUGGACAAACAGAUGGUGGUGAAACUGAUGCUGAAGGUGGUUUAAAUACUGAAGAUGGUGGUAUUGGUGGUGGUACCGGUGGUCCACCAACUGAUCCCGGUUUAUUAUCUGAAGGAUUGUCUAGUUUAGUUGGUGUUGGUCCACCAAGUCCAUUAACUGGUUGCUAUUUAUUAAUUAUUUUGAGUGAACCACAUUCUGAUGAACAUAAGGAUAUUAUAUUGCAACGUUUAAUUAAAGGUAAGAAUUUUUAAAUUUUUCUACAUUAGAAUCAUAAAUUCGUACAAAUAUCAAGGUAUGUUGACGAUAUUUUAUUAAAUGAGAAAUAUUAAAUUUUAUAAAAAAAAAAUGAAAUUAAUUUUUUUUUUUAAAUUUAUUAAAAAUCUAUUGUUAAUAUGAGCAACUAUUGGUCAAUUUAAGCUAGUAAAAGCGAGGAAUGGCGACUUCAAUACUGCCAUUCAUCAUUUAUCUAUAAGAGGUCGAUCGGUAUCCAUGUACGAAACAUUCUUUCUGGAUAGAUCAAUUCAAAUAUCUUUGAAUAAAUACAACAGAGCAUCCAGCUAUGCUCCCGGGAGCUUCUAUAAUCAAUCGAAUCGGUACUCCGUCUAAAAAGAUUUUCUUUCUCUAUAUCAGGCCAUGGCAAUUGCAAAGCACAUAUUGUACAUCUUUUUCCAUACCAAUAUCUUAAUGUCC